AUGUGGGAUGCAUUCGACUUGGAUCAACAGCAACAAUUAUCACAACAAGAAGCUGGUGAUGAGCAUUCAAUGAUGGAUCACACUCUUUCGGAAAAUCCAAAUGAUGAUGAUUAUGUAUUUUCAAUGCAAACAGAUGAUGAAUCAGAGGAGAGGUAUUCCGAAUCACAUAAAAUGGAUAUUAAAGAAAAUCAAGCCAUUUCCUUGUUUCAUAUUCCACAGGAAGUUCUAAAUGAAAAUCCUGAUUUUUCCAGGUUAUUACAAACAAUUUCUAAUCAUAUAUCUCCGGACAGUGGAAUUGGAAAAGAUGAGGAAUACGAAUUAGAACAUUUGGAAAGACAAUUCGAGAAGGAGAAGGAAAGAUAUUUCAAAAACACAAUCAUAAUAGAUACAAUCAAGGAAAUGAUAGACGAUAGUCAUCAUUAUUCUGAGCCGAUUCAAUCAACACUUUCUCAUAUAGACAAACUGCUGAUAAAAUCAGAAAUUGAGAUUGGUAUCAAUAUUUCAGAUACUCUCGACUGUGUAAAUUUAUAUGGACUUGAUUCUCAAAUUUUAUCAGACACUAUUAAUGAGAAGGGGGUUGAAAAUUUGCAAAAUAAUUUAAGAGAAUAUAUUUACCCUGAAUUAAUACAGAAAUGGGAAGGGUUAUAUGAAGAUUUGCUCACCUUUUAUCAACCUUUUCCUGAAGAGGCAACAAAUCUGUUUGCUGACGAUUCAAAGAAUAGCAAACAUUUUUCUCAAAUCAUUUCAAAACAUCUUUCAUCUAUUAAGAAGGAGAAACACCUCAUUUUGGAACAAAAGCAAAAACUUCAAGAGUAUACCUUUACAUACUUUAGCAAACUUUCUCAAUGUGUACAAAUACUCUGUACAUUAAUUAAUCAUUACAAGUGUGGGGAAUUCAGACAAUACGAUGAAUCUACCUUGUCUUGGUUAAUAGAAAGAACUGAGGCCAUGAAACUCAAGUUAUGGUAUGUAUUGAUUUUUAUUCUAUUUGUUAACAAUUUAAUAGUUCAAUCAAAUAUGAGUAUCUUGUAUCUAUUUAUGACAAGAAUACAGUACCAAUCUAUUACAAAAUGCACAAAAUACUUGCUUCAAAUUAUAAUAAUCUAG